CUCCUUUUCUGAUGCAAUGUGUUGUCAACUUGUUCUCACAAGCACAUCCCUGCCGCCAAAGCAGUCCCUGGCCCCAGCGAGCACACGCGGCCCCAGGGCGAAGGGGCAGGCGAGCCUCCAGUUACAACGAUAGAGCGGCUGCCCCAAGAGUAACAGAGGUGACGGGCAAGGCGCGUUCGCGGGCUGCUGCUCCCAUGGCGGGCCCUGGGCGUCUACCAGGAAGGGAGAGACCAGCCUGGAGAAGGCAGAAAAGUCUGGGUACGUCCCUGCCGGGCGCCCGGGGCUCCCGAGGACAGAGCGGCUGCCCGGCCGUACGGGGCUCUCCAGCCCGAGGCACUGCACACACUCGUUCCAGUGGCCCCGGCCAGCAGCGGCCACGCUCCCCACGACCGCCCCACGGAAGGCUCUCCCACGGCCGCUGCCCCCAGCCCGCCCAGUCCCCGGCCGCGCCAGGGGCGGCCCGGGCAGGGGCCCCGCGCCUCCACAAACACGCCCGUGGGCGUUGGGCCGUCCCGUCCCGCCUCCGCAGAGGUCGCAGCCGCAGACCUGCCGUCGGGGCCCGCCGGCAGGCACGGCACCUCCCAGCCCGGACCGGCACUCCCAGCACCCGCGGUCCCCGCUCCCUCCCAGCCCGGGCCGGCAACGCAGCCCGCCCGCCGCCGCUUCCACUCCUGCGCACUGGGCGCGCCCCCCAGGCGGGCCGGGGCCGGGGGCGGGCCGCGGGCGGGGGAGCGGCGGGCGGCCAAUUGCGGCCCCGCGGGGAGCGGCUGCGGCGGGGCCCCUGCCCGUGCUCGCAGGGCAGGAUGGAGGCGGAGGGCCGGGCACCGGGGUCGCCGCUCCUUGCCGGCGGGGAAGGGCCUGGGGCCGACUCGCGCCCCGCUGCGGGUGCCCCCGGCACGGCCCGGGGGCCGCUGAUCGCCGCCGCCGAGGUGCUGGCGCUGGACGAUGAGGAGGACGACCUGGAGGUGUUCAGCAAGGAUACAUCUCUGGCUGAGGUAAACUCAUUCAGUCCUUCAAUGCCAAUAUCCCCCUCAUCAAUGAUAAACCAAUAUAAAUUUGAAGAUGGACCAGAAUUAAGAGAUCUCUUCAUUACAGUCGAUGAUCCUGAAAGCCACAUUACAGCCAUUGAAACAUUUAUUACAUACAGAGUAGUCACAAAGACAUCCCGUGGUGAAUUUGACUCCAGUGAAUAUGAAGUUCGAAGACGAUACCAGGAUUUCCUUUGGUUGAAGAGCAAACUUGAAGAAGCACAUCCGACACUGAUUAUUCCUCCAUUGCCUGAAAAAUUCAUAAUGAAGGGCAUGGUGGAACGAUUUAGUGAUGAAUUCAUUGAGACUCGAAGAAAAGCUUUACAUAAAUUUUUGAACCGUAUUGCUGAUCAUCCAACUUUAACUUUUAAUGAAGACUUCAAAAUUUUUCUUACUGCACAAGCCUGGGAACUCUCAUCACACAAGAAGCAGGGUCCCGGUUUGCUGAGCAGGAUGGGACAAACCGUCAGAGCUGUAGCAUCCUCAGUAAGAGGAGCAGUUAAAAAUCGUCCCGGAAUGUUUACAGAAAUCAACGAUUACAUGGGAACAUUUAGUCAGAAAAUAAACUUACUAGAUAAAAUAGCUCAUAGGAUUUACAAGGAAGAAAGGGACUAUUUUAAUGAAAUGAAGGAAUACGGCCCCAUCCACACCCUCUGGUCAGCAUCGGAAGAAGAUUUAGCAGACUCCCUGAAGGGCAUUGCCAGCUGCAUCGACAGGUGUUGCAAGGCUACGGAGAAGAGAAUGGCAGGGCUCUCAGAAAACCUGCUGCCAAUUUUACAUGAAUAUGUUCUCUACAGUGAAAUUCUGAUGGGUGUUUUGAAAAGGAGAGACCAAAUUCAAGGCGAGCUUGAUUCCAAAGUUGAUGCUUUAGCCAAUAGAAAGACAGAAAAGGAUCUGUUCUCAGAAGAGACUGGGAAACUUGAAGACAAAGUUGAACGUGCCAAUAAUGCUCUGAAAGCGGAUUGGGACAGAUGGAAGCAGAACAUGCAGUGUGAUAUGAGAUCAACAUUCACUAAUGUGGCUGAGAAUAAUCUCCGUUUUUAUGAAGAGUGCCUUGCUACAUGGGAGUCCUUCCUAGCAUCUCAAACAGUGGAUCUUCAUGUGGAAGAAGAUUCUGAAGACAGGCCUUGAGUAAUAUCUCUGAUUGAUCUCUGCCUUUUCCAUACAGUUUCUCCCAACCAAAGUGCUUUAUAUGAGAUCAAAUACAUUAUUAAAUUUAACUGCUAAAAUCAGUGAAAUGCAGAAAACCAGCUUAUUGAACACUCAGGUAUUCUAGUCCUGAAAUACAUUUUGGAACAUGCUAUAUAUUGCUUUUUAUUGCUUAGCUCUGAUUUUACAUAUUUUUAUGCAUUUGCAUACAAUUGUUUUCAUAAAUAUAGCAUCAUUUGGAUAUAAAGUAUUUUAAAUAUGUAAAAAUAGCUCCAUUUUAAUAAAAAGUUUAAUAAGGAAAGUUUGUCCUCAUUCUGUAUCCUAGUCUUUAAGAAGUAUUUCGGUAUUUUAGCAUUCUUCUUAUAUUCUCUUUCUUGAGUAAUUUCUUGUACUUGUAAAAUUACCUCACGUAGUUUUCAAGGACUAGGACUUUAGGAUUACAUUGAUAGGUCUUGCCGGUCACCUGAUGGCAACAUGGUACAUAGAGAUGCCAAACAUGUUCUGUAAGAUUAAUGAUGUUUAAAGUAUUGUUAAUUUAGUUCUUAGUAUGCAGUACUUACAUGUCUAUUAGAUGUCUAUUAGACAUCUUCAAUUUGACAUUUUUUAAAGGAUGAAGAAAAAACUGGCAGAUCAUGAAACAGAUUGUCUGUACAGUGAUGACACAGCACUGAUCCUACCAGCACAAGAGCUUCCAUUUGGAGUUUGCAGGAUGAAAUCUUUUACUCCCAUGGCUGACCCUCCUGUAAUCCUUAACUUCUUCCCUCUUCAGAUAGCCAAUGUGGAAGAGAAAGGGUUAAGAAAAUAAAAGAGAGUUUUGCAUUUGAAAUGAUUAGCUGAUUCACUCAUGCAAUAUGCAUUGAAGUCUUCCAGUCAUUCAAUUAUUCCACCCAAAAGGUUUUCCAGUCUGGACUUGUAGUUUCUGCAGUUUUAUUCCCUUUGGCCUGAGCAGGCCAAAGGCUGAAUGUGGAAAGAAUGAGGUGCAGGAAUGAGACAGUCUAAUCAGGGCUCUGGUGUGGCAGAACAGGAGGGCCUCAGCCAUCACCUACACCUUUUGUGGUGGCAUUUUGGGAGCUUGCUCUUGUCAGUCACCUCAUGGCAGCAGGGGUCAAUUCCAGAGCACACAGCUGCUGCUCUUGGGUGGCUGUGGACCUGUCCAAGCUGGGAAGUAUUUUGUGGUUUUGAUUUUAAAAAAUUUAGAUUGCAAGUGAAACCUGGAAUACCUGGAAUACCUUUUCAGCAAUUCUCUCAUGCUGCUCCUGUGAAGUAGAAUGAAAGCUCAGCCCUUUUUUUCUUUUUAUCUAUAAAAUGGCAGUUAAGAUGCUCCUGGAAUACUGCAGGAAGUAUGCAUCCCUCUCAGGGUGGACAACUCACAGUGGAGUUUGUGUUAGGAGGAAGGCAGUGCUGUGCCGGAGGGCUGUGCCACACAGUGUCUUCUCCAGCUGUGCUGGCAGUGGUUUUUUGCAGGAGCCAGGGAGGAACAACAUGGCUGGACUGUGCUCUUUUCCCAUUUUUUUUUAACAGCAGAGCUUCUAUCAAUGAACUUAAUAGCCUUUAAUAGCUUUCCCUGUGCUUUCUUUUUUUCCAUCUAAACUCAUAGUAUUUACAAUGCUGAAUGGAUUCCACAACUUAACAUGUAGGAGAAAUCAAUAAAUUUUUUGGUUUCCUAAACCAGCUGCCCAAUAACUUCUGGUGAUGCCCUCUACAUGUUAAAUUGUGAGAAGAGAUGAGCAACUGUUUCCUAUUUGUCUUCCCUGUGCCAUUCAAGAAUUUACAGACCUCUAGUGUGUUUUCCAAACACUGCUGCUUUCCCAGAGGAAAAGCCAUAGCUUAAUACCAUAUUGUACAAAAGCCAUUUCACAUCUGUGCUCAUUGUUAUUGCUAUUCUCUGUAUUUUCUAGUUCUGCUGCAACCAGUGUUCAAAAUGCAGGCACACCAGAAAUGUACGUUUUCAUAAUUAUGCUUUGAUUUUUGUCAUCAUUCUUUCCCACUGAUUUCUAAUUUAUUUUUUAAAGUACCACUGAAUGCUGAGCUGCCAUUCCAUAGAACUGUCCACUAACAUUAAGAGCUAUUCUGAAGGUUACUGAAUAAUUUAAUUUCCAUCAGUGUGUAUAUAUAGGAGAAUUGGCUUUUCCCCAGUGAGCAUUUAUUUGCAUUUAUUAAUACUCAAUUUAGCCUGCUGUUUUUAGCUCCUAAUCUCUCUGUGGCAUACAGUCCUAUAAACGGGACUCCAGCAAGUCAAACAGCAGUAACACUCUGAAUACCACAUAAACGAAAGUUCAAGAAUUUGAGCUUGAACAGGCUUACCUAGAAGGAUAGGAAUGUUUCAGUGUAACCAAAAAUUAAUACUCUGUGGCUCAUUUAGGCACCUCUAAGGACAUGUACUGUCUGGUUAGCUGAAAUGGGCAAUGCCAGUGUGUGUUGGGUUGAUUUUACCUGUAUAUUCUGCUGGAGCAGAACGUUGCUACCUGAGACAUUUGGAAAUCAGAAGCAUUGGACAUUUUGCAUCCUUGGUAAAAAUACUCAUUAUGUUAAUGAUUUGUUUAUCAAUUCUUUUCAUCUUUAGCUAGGCCAUAACUUAUGGGGGAAAGACUUUAGCAGAAGACAGAGGCCUUCUUUUGACUAUGUGUUUAUUCUCCUGAUUUUCUCUAUCAUCAUGCAGUACCAAGAUCCAUUGUUAAGUACAAUCAAACAUUGUCCUUUUUGUGUCAUGCAGAUACUUCUGCUACCUAACAGGGGAGCUGUCACCAGUGCAAAUAGCUGGUAGUAAAGGUAAAACACAGGUGGCUUGUAGGGUAAGACAUCAGUGUCUCUAAGCACUAAGUGAUUUUAUAUGGUUGCCUGGUACAGACUCUGGUACAUUAUCUGCAGCAAGAUGCAUGUCUAGAGGAAAAGGAAAUAAAUGUGGACCCUGCUGGCCCCUGCUGCUGUCAGCCUACACCCAAAAUAGUGACCUUUCAAAAUGAUUUUUGCUUUAUUUAUUGACAUUUUUUCAUUUGCCUGAUAGCUGGGAUAGCUGCCUGAUGGGCAGGAUUUCACUGAUAGCAUCACUAAAAUAAGGAUCAUGCUGGCAUAAAUUAAUCAUGAAACCAACCUUCCAGCAGGAGCUUUGCAGGCCAGAAGGAAUAUCAAGUGGCUUUCUUUCAUAUGUCUAAAUCACUUUAAUAUUACAUAUCUGCACUGCCCACUGUUUUGGACAAACAGUCCCUUCAUGAAGAAUGGAUGAGGGCAGAGGUGUAUGUAAUAGGCUGCUCUGAUGUAUUUUAAGUGUACUCAAAGAAAAUGGCUAAAUAAACCUUUUUCUAACAAAUAAAGGAGUUCCUAUCUGCUACCCAGGGGGACUGACUUGAGUGACUAGAGGAUCCAACUGUACAGCCCUUGCAGAAAGCACUUGGGCAGUAAAACUUUCAUAAAGCACUGCACAGCUUUCAAGUUUUUACUGUGUGAACCUGUUGUUACCUCGCCAUCAUUUUUACUCUACUCCUGCCAUUAUUGUGGAGAGAGAAAAGCCUAAUCUGUGCAAUCCCACAGAGGCACCUUAUUGAAUACGGUGUGAUUAGAAGAAAUGUUGGCCAAUAGGGUGAACCAUAAACUCCUUCAAGAAACCUACCAUGUUGCUUUUCCAAGAGGCACCAAUGUUUGGAUGCAGCCCCUACUGCUGACAGUGGCUCUGCCUCACUGGCAAUAACUCACCCGAACCUAAAAGGGAUAGACAAAAACUUUCAGUGGAUUUGGGACUGAAAAGUGAAGGUACAUCCUGGUUUAGGUAAAAUACAUGAUUAAAGAAAUGCAGAACUGUCAAAUUAUGUUCUCAUCUAAAAUAUAAUUGGAAAAAAUGUCAAAAAAUAUUGUAUUCAUUUUUCUACAGGCAAAAAGUCAUAUUUGAGGUUUAAAUUUUUUUAUCUAGACUGUGACAUGAAACUGAAUUUCCAGCAGGAAUAAUUCUUUUGAUAAUUGUAUUGCUUCGAAGGUUAAUUAAGGAAUAAACAUUAUUAUGUCUGCAUUAAUAAUUAAUGAAAAGUUGCCAGAAAGCCAUUAACUGUUAAAGUCAAACUAAGACACUCUCUUGGAAUCACAGCAACAUUGAUUAUGUGAUGAAGACUCAUUGUUUUUUAAAUAAUUGUUAUAACACUAUGGCAUCUUAAAGAGCAACUGAACUGCCUUUUUGAAUUAACUUUUUAAAUCAAAAAAUAAGUAGCUGCAAUGUUAGAAUAUGAUUUGAUUUUUUUUUUCAAGCAUAAAACAUCUCACCAGGCUCCUUCUGCAAAUCAAAACAAAUAAGACGUUUAUUUUUUUUUAUUUGUACUCUGGAGUUGUGUUCAUUUAAAUAAUAAAUCAAGCUUUCACCAGGAGGUAAAAAUAUAGUAUGUAAAGUGAGAGCUGAGCAAGAUGCUCCCUACAUGUUCAACUGUCACAAAGCUCCUUACUUCUACGUGGAGAAAUGUUUUUUCACUCAGACACGGCAUUAUUUGGCUGUCAGGUUACAAGAGAAAGCCAGAGGUGGUCUGAACAUCAUCAUCUCCUACCUAGGAGCCUGCAGGAAUUGCUUGGGCCCCACAAAGCUGGUACUAAGCCCUUCAGGCUGACAGGGCCUACCAAAAUGAGCAGCAACUCACUGCAGUUGCAGAACCACUACUGCUUUGUCAUCUCUUUUAACUGCUUGAUUCUUCAAUAUACACAGCACAAGAGUCCGAAGUUUCUGAUAAAAGCAAAAGAGGGAAGUUUAUGAGGGUCCUUUUCAACCUAAAAACUAUUAUAUGAGGCUAUGAAAUAGAGUGGAAAUUGAGAGCAAUUAUAUUAUGAAGUGAAAAACUGUUAAAAGAAUUAAGUAUCCUCUCCUGCUCUUGUCCACCAGCAAUACCUUUUGCAAUAAACAAAACAACCUGGCAGACGCUCAGCUGACAUAAAAGCAAAGCUAAAGCAAGGUUAGAGAAAGAUUUGUAACUGGGUUUGAGAGAAAAUAGCUAAGUGAGAGCUCUUUGGAGACUACGUGUUCAUUCACUGAUGGGACAGUACAAAUUUUAUAAGUGAAUUAAUUGUGACAGGUUAACACAGUAAAGUAAGUUGUUCAAUAUUUAUUGGUGCCUUCCAGCAUGUUGCUUUAUUCCUAUUAUUGUACCUAUUUUGUUCCCAUCUCAUUGUAGGAAAUAAAAUUAAUGGAGAAAUAUAAAAGGGGAGGUGCAAAAGCAGAAAAAGCAUCAAAAUUAUAAUCUUCUGUGAUGAUGAUUGUGCACUCUGGCAUGCAGUUGUUAAAAGAAUUUAAAACUAUACAAAUACAGUUGUGCCUCCUUUUGUCACAUAGGGGUACAACAAAUUAAGAAGUACACUUCUGCUAAAGGAUGAACCUAGAACCUUUUAUUUAUAUUAGCCUUUUCUUCAUAUGUGAGUUUUUGCUGGAGCAGAGAGACACUCAGUGCAGAUAAUCAUCAACCACACCCUGAAUAACUAAUACAGAAUGGCAGUACUGGGUCAAACUGGCAAGUCUCAGCCAGGUUCUUAUAACCAAGGUAAAAAAAGCCAUGCUCUAUCUGGUUAAAGUGCAGAGAUGCCAACAGAAGAUGUUUCCUGGGGGUUUUUAUCUUUUUUUUCCCUUUCCAUAAGAGCUGUAAAACCACUUCUGACACUAGUUCCUGCUCACCCACUAAGCACCUUGACCAGGUUUAAUAAGAGCUUUUACGGCCACAUUAGGACAGGGUACACAGACCCCUGACAGAGGAGCUGGCAAAGAGCUGGCAUGGAGAGCUGGGAGCCAGGCACACACCAGGGAAAGGGAACUGCCAUUCUCUUAGCUACCUCUGUGCUGAGAGAUGCUGAGGAGCAAAAAAAGGUACUGUACUUUGUCCUUUACUCAGAUUCUGGGAGUGGUACAAAGAUAACUGUCAUCUGUCACUUGGACUGCAGUUUAUACACAGAUUUCAGAAUACAGAAAAUUGAAACAUAGAACAGAAGGAAAAAAUACCUUGGAUACAAUUAGAAGGAUAUUUGCUUUUAUGGUUUAAAUUAUAUUUAGCUUAGUUUUUAACCCUUAACUUGAAAUGUUCCUGUUCCUACUUUAUACGGCUUGCUACCUACACUGAGUGUAUGUCUGAAGUUUGUGAGGGUUGCCAUGGGAUUUCUGGCUUCACUGCUUCAAAGUCAUUAUCUACAAUUUGACAAAGCUGAUCAACACUACUGCUGUAUAUGUUCAUUUUCCCUUAGAAACAUUGGUUUUAUAGAUGACCUUUAUGGAAAACAAUAUUAUUUCAUCUCUGCUUUUUAAUAUGUCAUCUCAUUUAUCAAAUGUAUUUAUUCAGAACAAAUAAACUGCAAGUCUGUGAAGA